CCAAACUUCACUAAGAACAACGUUUGCACGUUUGUUUCAUUAUAUUAGACUGUGGCUCCUUAAAUUCUUGACAUAUAUUCAGGUUUUUGGGUUUUGAAGCAGUCUCUUUAGGGUUUUUCAGUGAGCUGAAAUUUUGAUUAAUCUAAUAGAAAUUGCUGAAGUUGUUUGAUCAUUCCGAAUAUAAUUGUUUGUAAACAUUUCCAGUUUGAUUAGGGUGUCAUAAAAAUUGAAUCUUUGCUUGAUUCUGAUGGCUCAGUCUAAUUCUAAGCCACCUAUGAGUCACAAUUUCGGUGUGGGAGCUUGUCAUGUGAGGUCUUUAUCUCAACCAAGCAAUUUUUUGAAUAAUUGUUUGCCCCCUUUGAGCCCUUUACCUCCUAGCGAGCCGUCGAUGGUGUCGGCUAAUGCUAAUUUGAAGGACACAUCCAUGGAGGAAGUAGAUGUGAAUUGUCAAGUUCCAAAAGUUGUGUCUAACCUUGUAAGGGAAAAUGCGUUGCGGGGUAGUGACGGUCUUCCUCCUCGGAAAGGACAUCGUCGAUCUAAUAGUGAUGUUCCGUUAGGAUUCUCGGAUAUGAUUCAGUCUUCGCCUCAGUUGAUGCCCAUAAGUGGGCAGAGAAUUUCAGGGAGAGCAGUGAAUCUUGGGGAUAGCUCGGGGAGGGAAAAAACAAUUGAUUUGCAGAAACAGCCAAUGGGUUUGAGUAGUAAUGGAAGGAUUGAUGUAAAGGGAAUUGGUGAGAGGAAAUCAAGGGGAGAGGUUACGGAUGAGUUGUUGUUUUCCUACAUGAAUUUGGAAAAUAUAGAGGCAUUGAACUCUUCUGGCACUGAGGAUAGAGAUAAGGGCAGCAUGGUUAGUGGUACAAAGGUAAGCGGUAAUGAGAGCAGCAACAAUGAAGCAGAAAGUCUUUUGAAAGGGAACGGUGUUAGCAGCCAACUGACAAGUUUAAGGGAAGGGAUCAAGAGGAGUGCCGAUGCAGAUAUUGCUCCAACCACGCGUCACUUUAGGAGUCUUUCCAUGGAUAGUGCAAUUGGAGGUUUUCACUAUGGAGACGAGUCACCAAAGUUACCAGCUUCUCUAGUAAACCAUUCCGGUCAGCUUUCACCUAGUAAUUCAGGAAAUGAAAGUUCGAGCCAGCGCAAUUUUGACUUUGGAAAUGCUGAAUUUAGUGAAGCUGAGAUGAAGAAGAUUAUGGCAGAUGAAAGACUUGCUGAGAUUGCAGUUUCAGAUCCAAAGCGUGCCAAAAGGAUAUUGGCUAAUCGUCAAUCUGCUGCUCGAUCCAAGGAGCGUAAAUUGCGUUACAUCUCAGAAUUGGAAUAUAAGGUUCAAAAGCUACAGACAGAAGCCACUACUUUAUCCACACAAGUUACCAUCCUGCAGAAAGAUUUUACUGAGAUCUCAAGCCUGAACAGUGAGCUGAAAUUCCGCGUUCAAGCCAUGGAACAACAGGCACAACUUAGAGAUGCUCUGCAUGAGGCAUUAACUUCGGAAGUCCAGCGUUUGAAGCUUGCAGCAGGGGAACUUAGGGAGGAAGGACGGUUGCCUAAUAGCAUGAUACAACGGAUGCCAGUGAAGCAUAAUAUGUUCCCGAUGCAGCGACAGCAGCCUAGUCAAAUCCAACAAUUAUCCGUUGGAAAACCAACCACUGCAUCAUCGGCUUCAGCCACACCUGCAUCCGCCUAGUGGGCGAUACAGACAAUUGAGGAGGUGAAGAUCGUCUUCAAAUGAAACCAAAAAGUUCGUUACCUAUUACUGGUAUCUCAUGCUAUGCACAGUGCUGAGAACCUGAGUUUUACAUAGUAUUUAUACAAGGGUUUUUACACAUUUCUGGUACAAUCCUUAUUCUCUAUGUUUUAAACAUUAUUUUGUUCAUUGGAAAUGACUAUGACAAUAAAUUGGAGUCAAACUUUGAGCCAAUAUUUUCUCCUA